AUGAUCUUUAUACUACUGGUAUCAUCUAUUAAUCAACUUGCUAUCUUAAUUUCUAAAAAAAACGUUUUCAUCAGAAAAGGAAAUAAAAGACGUAAUAGAAAACAAAGCAUUACUACUACUACUACUACUACUACUACUACUACUACUACUACUACUACUACUACUACUACUACUACUACUACUACUACUACUACUACUACUAAUGAUAGUAAUAAUAAUACAAAUACUACUACUACUAUUACAAACAAGCUCUGUAUUGAUUAA